UUUAAUUUUAAAUAAUCGACACCCAUGUUCUGCGACGUAAAACCCCCCUCCAUCCCUCAUGUCAUAUUUUUCAAGACUUACAAUCAUCCACGACAUAAACUCACAUUACACAAACAACAAAGCACAGCCUACAGAACAGCAGUGAUAGGUUGGAAAUGGUCACUGCGUUACCUGCCUUAUUCGCAGUCCCGAGUCGACAAGAUUCGCAAUACUCAAACUCCUACAUCAGACGCAACCAGUUCCAUAGCUGGGAUGAGAUUGGUGGCUCAAUUGCACGACGUCGGGUUAUUUGUCAAAGGGAUGUCGUAAACCGGAACCUCGUUCGCCCAAGGGCGUUGAGUGCAGGAAGUGCGGUGAAAUUGGUCACUUCUCUCGUGACUGCCCUCAACGAGGUAGUGCCAGUGGUGCCAGUUCUCGCUAAAACUAUGGCAAAGAAGGUCAUCAUUGUUUGCCGCAACCAUGGCGGAGGGGUACAUGGCUCACCAGUGCCGGGAGUGCCAGUGCUCACUAAAACCGUGGCGAGGAAGGUCAUCGCAAGCAGGACUGUACGAACACACGCAAGAUUGUUUGCCGCAACUAUGGCGGAGGGGUCCACGGCUUACCAGUGCCUGGAGUGCCUCGAGCUGAAAGAUUGGUCUCGCGUUAAGUGCUCUAAUUGUCAGAGUAUCGGUCACGCCAUGUUAGGCUCAAUUGAGAGAAAGGAGAUAUUCAACCUUGCCCGGCAGAAAUUUCGUUCUCAACAUCGAGAAGCAGGACAUCGCAACUACCAGGUUUACAAUUCAACACCACAUGCUGUCCUGAGCGACGAUCCACGAGUCUUGGAAGUCACGGAGAAGCAAGACAGCAGUAAUUUAUGGUUGAGUGGUCGCCUUCAACAAAGCAAGAAGAACAGCAACCAUUCAUCAUGCCCCCGAGGGCCAUCAACCAUGCCGCUGCAUUUGCGUACAUGGCCAAGAUUCCAGUGGAUGACGACAUUGGUUAUUCCUCGGAGAGAAACCCAAGCCGUCAUUGGCAAUGAUCCCAAUUCCAGCAGAUGA